AGUAUAUUUUGUGUUUGUGACAUGGUUAGUGGUAUUUAUCCAAAAUUGAAAUAGUGAAAGGGUAUUUAUGAAGUUUCUUGGGGCGAACACCGCCAACUUAAGUGAAGAAGAAGAAGAAAUAGGGCAUUCAAUUCAUUCAGAAGAAAAUUCUCGAAGGGUUUUGUCACUCUCAACACCACUCCCAUACGCCAUUUAAUCCAUGGCAACCUCUUUCGCGGAGAAAUCAGAAGACGAUCUUCGCAAGGAGAUCGAUGAACUUCAGCGCCAGCAACGCGAGAUUACCGACCGCCUUCGGGAUCCUCGGGGGCUUCGCCGCGGACGCUUGCCUACCGCUGCUCCUCGUAACUUUGCCGCCAAUGGAGCUCGUCAGCGAGCUUUCACCCGGCCUGCUGAUAGGACUGAGCUAGAAGACGAACCUCCUGCAAAAAGACGACUUUCAUCAGCUGUUGUGAAGGUAGAAGAUGGAGAGAUCGUUGAGGAUGCCCAAGCAAAUGAGGAUGUGAAUGAAGAUGAUUCGGUCAUGGAAGCAACUGAUGGGAGUUUGCAGCAGAGUGGUUGGUCUAGGAGAGAUGGCAAUCAAAGACCAAUGAGGAAGGAUUUUGAUAUCCCGAGCAAUGAGCAUGUUCCGAGGGUAUUGCCUAAGAAUGAAGAUCCAAGCUUGGUUAGUAGGAAUAAAAGAAUGCUGGGGCAGCUUCUAGGAACUCUGGAGAAAUUCAGGAAAGAAGACAAGCAACUUUCAGGAACUGAGGCAUUUAUGCGGAGAUCGACUUCCUUACAAAGAGCCGAGCAAAGAGCACGUGAAGAAAGUGAAAGACUUAGGCAGCAAGAGCGUGAAAGAAUUGCUGAAAAGCGUAGGAGAGAUCUGACUCUGCGGGCACGUGUUUCUGCCAAGACAGAAGAGAAGAAGUUGGAAUUGCUGUAUCUUCGGUGGAGUGAGCACCAUAAAAAACUUUGCAAUUUCAUAAGGACUAAGACUGAGCCUCCAAUUUAUUAUUUGCCAAAGAAGCCACUGGAGGCUGAUGCAAAUGAAGCUGAGCAGCGGAAAGAACAGGCAUUUGAAGAAUGGAAGGCUUCUAGGAGAGAGGAACUGACCGAAUACCAGAAAGAGAUUGGGGAGCAAUAUCUUGCCAAUGUUGAGAAAGAGUUGGAGAGGUGGCAAAAUGCAAGGAAUAGGAAAGCAAAUAAUGAUGUGCUGAACUUGCAGGAAACAAUGGACAAAGAAUUGGACACCCAUAGACUUGAGCAUGGUCCCAAGAAAAGAACGAUUCCGAGCGAAAGCAACAACGAAGAGGAAGAUGACGUGGAGGACAUGAAUGGGGAGGAUGACAUGAUGGAUGAUGUGCUAGAUGUGGACGACAACACUCGAAGGGGUGAAGAAACAAUUAGGACAGAUGCUGCCGAUAACGCCAGCCCAAAUGCAGAUAAAAUUGAGUAGUGACAGUUAUUACAAUCUUCUUAAUGGCCUCUUUCUUUUUUGUUCUUGUUUUAUUUUGGCUGAUUAUUUGUAGUUGGUGGCUCAUAUAUGUGUUUGUUGUAGGCAUUUUUUUCUACUUGGUUCUAAUGCUUUUUACACCUCCAGUUCUUGAUCUUUUAGGAUCAAAUGUAUUUUUCUUUUUAAGCCUUCAAUCGUUUUACUUACUCUGUAGGACAGGUAAAAUUUGCUGUUUUAUUAAAUAGACUUUGCGCA